UGCGACUGAGAGCGACCAAUCCUCGCAGCGCGUUUCGAAUCACCACAAAUUUGCGAGGUCGCGGCGAGGCUCGUCCACAUCUUCGCAGCCACGCGGGCCUUCGUUGUGCUUUACAGGAGCAGUGUGUCCAGCGCUUCCAGCAGCUUGUUUGUAUGCCAGUUACAGUCGCUGCUUUUGUCGUUAAUCUUUCAACACUCGUGGAGGUUUUCUUGUGUUGGAUACCAUCGCAAAUGUAUUCGCUUUAAGACUCUCAAGUGGGCAGACAGAGAAUGGAAUUUGUGUUGUAGAGUACUGGUUUGAAGGAUUGUGUGGGAGGAAUCGUGAUUCGGAGGUGAGGUUUUUGCAUUGCGAUGCGAGUCUAAGGGUCUCGUAGUAGUUGAUGUCGUCUUCGAGCUGUAGAAUUUUAGUGUUGCUGAAUGAGUGCGAGAUUCUUGUGUAAAUUGGGUAGUUGGCUCUACAUUUGCGAUGGUAUCCAUUUUUGGGCAGUUGGCAGUGAGUGAUGACAAGGAUGUGAAGAAGGAAAGGCUGCUGAAUGAGAGAUGGAGUGAGGAGUGUGGUCAGAGUUCGGAGUGUGAUGGAGAUAAGGCAGGUGGUUGCCUCAGGGGGUUGCUGGAGCCCAUUGCUACGCGGCUGCCCAGUAACCCAGACAGCUCUCUGUUCAACGAAGAUUUUGCACCGACUAUGCCAGCGGACCGGAUUUUUACGGUCUGGGACAUGGCGUGUCUCUGGAUAGGGCUGGUGAUCGGGGUGCCGACGUAUUAUAUGGCUGGGAGUCUAGUGGAGUUGGGUAUGUCGUGGUGGGAAGGCAUUGUCACAGUUUUCAUUGGGAAUAUGGUGGUUCUUGUGCCCAUGGUAUUGAUCGGUCAUGCGGGGACGAAGUUCGGGGUCCCGUUUCCAGUGCUUGCCCGUGCCUCUUUCGGAAUUCGAGGCGCCAAUGUGCCGUCUCUGUUGCGCGCCCUCGUUGCUUGUGGGUGGUUUGGAAUACAGACAUGGAUUGGAGGACAAGCUGUUUUUCAAUUGCUUAACGCUUCUUUAAACGGAAGCUUAGCUGGUAGCGUGGUGCCGUGGUUGGGCAUCAGUGCAGCGGAAUUUGGUUGUUUCAUGGCCUUCUGGCUGCUUCAGGUAACCAUAAUCUCCCAUGGUAUUGAGAGCAUUCGGAAACUAGAAAACCUCAGUGCGCCAAUCCUCAUAGCUCUAUCCGGGGCAUUACUUGCUUGGGCUUACGUUCGAGCAGGAGGAUUCGGACCAAUGUUGUCAGCUCCCUCACAGUUCAUCCCUGGAGGCCCAAAAGCAGGCCAGUUCUGGCAAACCUUUUUUCCAGCGUUAACCGCUAAUGUUGGCUUUUGGGCUACGCUGAGUUUGAACAUCUCAGAUUUUACUCGAUACUCCAAAAGCCAGUCGGACCAGCUGACGGGCCAAGCCAUAGGAUUACCUCUUUUCAUGGCGGCGUUCACUUUCGUGGGCCUCGCAGUCACUUCGGCUACUGUGGUGAUCUUUGGAGAGGCUAUUUCGGACCCUAUACAGCUGCUGGCUCGUAUCGAUGGCUUAUUUCCUACUCUCCUAUCUCUUUUGGGAGUUAUUCUAGCAACUCUGAGCACAAACAUUGCAGCUAACGUUGUGGCCCCCGCCAAUGCUCUUGUGAACUUGAACCCAUCAUUCUUCUCCUUCAAAAAAGCUGGCCUCUUCACAGCCCUUGCUGGAAUUUUGCUUCAGCCGUGGCGCCUAAUUCAAACUAGCCAAGAAUUCAUCUACACGUGGUUGAUCGGAUACUCCGCAUUAUUAGGACCUGUGGGAGGGAUCAUGCUUGUCGACUACUUCGGGUUGCGAGCCCGCUCUCUGAAUAUUGACGAUCUCUUUUCUUAUGACAAAGGCGGUCUGUAUUGGUACACAAAUGGUUACAAUGUUUCAGCUUUGGUGGCCCUUGUUGUGAGCAUUGUCCCAAACAUCCCGGGAUUCCUGGCCUCCACUGGGGCGCUAGACUGCCCAGAAGUCUUCACUGUCAUAUACAGUAAUGCCUGGUUUGUUGGGUUCUGCUUAGCUGGCUUUGUCUAUUGGACUCUACCGAAAAGGCAUCUGCUAAGUCAGUGAGUAGGUGAGGCAUGAGGCAGAAGCAGACUGGUUUUUGCUCUGAAUCCUCAUGGAACCUUUGAUUCCGUUAUUAUCAUGCAGACAAAUUAUCAUAUCGGAAUCAACAGACCUCAUACCUCCGAGUCGCACAAUUAUUGCCCUGCCUUUGCACUAGUCUUAUGCAUCCUGAGGUCCACCUGCAGUGAGCUUCCCGUUUCCAUGAUCGUAUUGUUUCAAGUGAAUGUGGAUGCGCAAGAAUAAAGUUCAAGGACUGGCAUAUUAUUCUUCAGCGGGAUCUGGAAUGUUGGAACUGUGGUCCUCGACAACAAGUUGAAGAUUCUGUCAAGUACGGCGACUACAACUGCACAUGUGAAUAACACAUUGUGCAAUCGUGGAGUCGGACGUACCGUUUUGUUGGGAGUUGAAGAGGGAUACUGUUAGUUAAAAUUCAUCUCCUUAUACACGCAUCCCGAAGAUUGAAGUUUUUCCCCUGUUUAUGCGGAUUGGUUCACAGAACUGUUAGUAUGUUCGUCAUGACAAUCGCAUGUGAUGGAAUUUAAAUGUAAGCACCAAACCAACUGUUGGAUUUGGCAUGAUGUCUUGUAUAGGAUUGCGAAAAAGCAAGUUCGGUUAAUCUGAUGAAAUGAAUACAUAAGAUUUUA